AUGGCUGAAUCUUCAACUUCAUCUGAUGCCCAGCCUUCUGGAGCACCAUGUGUGUUGGUUUUGGGUAUGGCUGGGUCUGGAAAGAGUUCCUUUGUUCAAGUAAGUACUAUUUAACUACAAGAUGUUGUUUAGGUAGUUUCUGUCAAUAGCUUUCUAGCUUUAGGUUUCUUUAUGGUUUUUAAAGUUAAAAUUGAGUUUUUACCAUUUUACUAUAUGCUAGUUUUAGCGACUGACAGCGUUUCUUCACGCUCGGAACAGUUUCCCGUAUGUUGUGAACCUGGACCCGGCUGUGAACCAAGUCCAUUAUCCGGCCAAUAUUGAUAUUCGUGACACAGUUGACUACAAAGCAAUCAUGAAGGAAUACGGAUUGGGCCCUAAUGGUGCUAUUAUGACUUGCCUCAACCUGAUCUGCACUAAAUUCAACCAGGUACGAGCUUUUUGAGUGUUUUAUAUUUAGGUGAUGGUACAAUAUUUGAAAUAUCGUUACACCAGGAAGCAGUUUGUAGUAGUUCUAUCGUAGACUAAUUUUUUACAUAUUAGUACAUCUUUUGCGUAGAAUUAUGACUUUUUAAAGCUUAGUCUUUUAAGGUAUUGGAACUACUAUCAAAACGCUCCGACCAAGUACCAUACUUCCUGUUUGACACGCCAGGUCAGAUUGAAGCUUUCACGUGGAGUGCCAGUGGCUCCAUUAUCACUGACACUUUAGCCUCAACACAUCCCACUGUAAUUGCGUAUGUUGUGGACACAGCCAGAGCUACAAAUCCAACUACCUUCAUGUCCAACAUGCUAUAUGCAUGUUCGAUAUUGUUCAGAACGAAAUUGCCAUUCUUUGUGGUAUUCAACAAGGUAAACUACAAAUUUUGGGUUUAUUUUGGAAUAGAAUAAAUUUUUUACCAAAUUUUCCAAAUUUUUGUGUUUUUAAAUUGCCAUUGAUAACAUGAACUUUUAUAGGCAGAUAUUAUCCACCCUGAUUUCGCCAAGAAAUGGAUGACGGAUUUUGAAGCUUUGCACGAUGAUAUUCACAAAAACAAUCCAACUUAUAUGGGCGACUUCACGAGAAGCUUGAGCUUGGUAUUGGACACGUUCUACAGUAAUCUCAACACAGCUACAGUAUCCAGUCUGACCGGCGAGGGAAUGGAGGAGGUACGACUUUUAAAAAUUUUAAAACUAUUUUCAAAAUUAAAAUUGUUUUUUAAUUUUGAAGUUUUUCCUUAAACUUUUAAGCCCUGGCGAUUUCAGGUUUUGACAGUAAUUGACAAAUGUAAAAAGGAGUAUUUUGACGAAUAUCUGCCAAUGUACAACAAGUUGAAGAAGGAAAAGCAACAGAAAAUGGCAACGACCGAAUCCGUGGAGAAAAUGGGCGGUUUGACGUUAAAGGAGAAGGACCAACCAAUGGAAUAG